AAAGUGCUCCUAUCAUGACCUCAUCCGUCAUCAUGAAACUGUAAUUUCACCACCACAACCAACAAAAAUAUAAAGGACCCAUAACUCCAGAGACCCAGACUAAAAUCUUCGUCGCUCCAUUGCAGAGAAUUCAAUUUGGUUUUGAGAAAGGAGAGGAGAGGAAAACAGAGGAAGAAGAAAAGAUGGGUAGCUUAGAAGAAGAACAGCUCGUUCAGAUGGUCUACGAUUUCAUUGAAUCAGAAUCACCUUCUUCCACCUCUUCUUCCUCUUCAGAAAACCAACCUCUUCAUCAUCAAUCUGCAUACCUCACUUUACAGGAACUUCUAGGGACUGUUAAAGAUUCUGAGUUUCAUAUACUUGAAAAGGUCCUGAAGUACCUGAGAAAUAUAACUGCUGGGAAGGUUGCUAAUCUGAACAAAUGGAUAGUAAUGAGGUUGAGAAUGGAUGGAUAUGAUGCUUCUCUAUGUAAAACUUCCUGGGCUACCACCUGCAACUGUCCUGGAGGUGAUUAUGAAUACAUUGAUAUUGUGAUGGAGGAUGAGAAUGGCGGUCCAUUAAGAUUGAUAAUAGACAUAGAUUUCAAAUCUCAGUUUGAACUGGCGAGGCCUACUCCAACUUAUGCACAACUCUCGGACAUUCUUCCUUCCAUCUUUGUUGGAAGUGAAGACAAACUUAACGAGAUAAUCUCUCUCCUCUGCACAGCUGCUAAACAGUCGCUAAAAGAGAGUGGUCUCCAUAUUCCUCCAUGGAGAACAACCAGCUACAUGCAGUCCAAGUGGCUCUCAGAGUGUCAGAAAGUUCCAAUCACACCCUUCAUGACUUUCAGUAGAGAUUUUGACAGGACUAACAAGGAGGGGAAUAACAGUGGUCAUUCCUCCAAUUCUAGCAAAUGGGCACCUCCAAUUGUGAAGCCUAAGAGCAAAGAUUUGGGUAGUGGGUCUGGCUUGUCUAGCCAAUUUUCCAAAAUGAGUAUAGACUGCUGCUAAUUUCAUCUCUGGAUCUGAGUUUAGUUAGAGGAUAUGAAGUGUAAAGUGUUUUUUUUUUUUCUCAGUUUUUAACCCUUUGAAGGAUCUUUUGUUAUAAUGACUUGUAACACUUUUUUGUUUACAGCUAUGAACAUUUUGCUUUUGCUUCUGUAAGUUUGAUCCUUCUCUAAUCAAAAGCUUUGCUGCAAUUUGC